CGGAUAACAAUAUCAUCGAAUUAAGAAGAUGCGUGCCUUUAUCGUGUUGUGUUUAGUGGCAGCCGCCUGUGCUCAAUCGGGCUAUAAUUAUCAAGCUGGCAGCAGCGGUAAUUUUGGUGCAGCCUCUAAUGCUGCUCCAUCUUUUGAUGCUGGAUCUUCCUUUGGUGCUGCUGCUCCUUCAUUUGCUCCUGUUGCUGCUCCUGCAUAUGGACCUGGCGAUAAUGUUGGAUCUGCCUCCAAUACUGCCCCAGUCCAAGGCGAAUUGGAAAAGGAAUUCUAUACCUUCUCUGCCAACGAUGAAGACUUCAACGAACCGGCUGGCUCUAAUCAAUUCAACAACGCCGUGAAACAGGGACUCCGUGUUAUCUUCAUCAAGGGCCCUGAAAACAGUGGUUUGGAAGAUGCCGCUUUGGCAUUGGCCAAACAAGCUGCUGAACAACAGACCGCCAUCUAUGUCCUUACCAAACAAGCUGAUCUUGCUGACUUGGCCAACAAAUUGAACCAAGAAAAUAGCAAUGUUAACCACAAGCCCGAAGUUCACUUCGUUAAAUACCGUACCCCUGAAGAUGCUGCCAAUGCCCAAAAGGCCAUUCAGGAUCAAUACAACUCCUUGGGCGGUACCAGCCAAAGUUUCAACGGCGGUGUUGCUCCAGCCUUGAACUUUGCCUCUCAGGCUCCAGUUGCUCCCGCAUCCGCUCCUGCUGCUUCUAGCCCCGCUACCAGUGCCACCUAUCUUCCCGCUUCCGUGCUCCGCCGUUUCCGUUUGUAAACGGUAGGUAAAUAGGAGACGACUGAUUUUGUUAUUGUUAUUGCGAC